AUAACAAAAGUGGCGCAUUGUUCUAUUGUUUUGUUUCAAAGUAUGAAUUGCCAAUCGUAAGUUGUCAAGUUGAUGAUAUCCCAUACAUUAAUGUCUGCCUUUUCACCAAAAAUAAGACAUUAAGAAAGACCGAAAUACCGAGAAUGUUAUUAACUUUAAACCAAAAUAUGUCCCGAAACCUGCCAGUGUAGUGAUGGUGGCAGCCCUGCGCGACGACAACAUUUGUUUACUUCCUCUUCAUUCAUGACUCUUACACUCGUGUCUUCUCCUCGCUCAAAAUAACACUUUCUCAUGACGUUUUCCAGAUGGCAACAGCAUCCAAGGCAGCCAACAGCCAAGGAAUUCAUCCAGAAGAGAGAUUUGCAUCUUUGAACCCUAUGAAUGAAGCCUUGCAGCUAUCACCUGUGGUUGAAGGUCGUGUGGAACCAUAUGAGCUCGUUGAAUUAUUCUAUGGUAGCAGUACUGUCUCUCCAGCCAAUCACACAUCCCACCUUUCACCUAGAUCUGCAGGAACAUCAUCUCCUGAAGUCAUGCAG